CACCCAUCCCUGCCUCGCCCUUCCCUCCCAAUCCCCCUCUCCCCCCCUUGCCACCUGGUGCUUUUAUCUUCUUCCGGAUCUCUCCUUCCCAAGCUCCUGUCCUCGAGGCUCUCCUCCGAUGGCGGCGAUGCACACCCUCGCCCAGCGGCACCCGGGCCUCGCGGCCGGGCCGUCAGAGAGCGAGGAUUUCGAUUCCUUCCUGGACGCCUACUCGCAGGAGUUCCCCGCAACCGGACUGGUCCCCCUAUCGCCAGAUCGGAGCCUGGCAACCGGAGCCAGCUUGGCUGGGCUGUCAGCCGUUUCGGCCCAGGCGCUGACCGAUGCCUGGGGCCACAUCUGUCAUCGCCCCGGGGCUCCGGCCACGGGAGCCUGUGCCAAGGCUUGUGACGCGGUGUCUCGUGCGGUGUUGGACAACUACACCACAGCCGGGGUCGUCGGCACGAGCAUCUACAACCCGAGCGCCGUGCCAUCAGCCGCCACCGGGCAGCUCGACGCCCCGGACUCUCAGGGCAUCACCGUCUUCCUCGAUCUCUUUGUCCCGGCGCCCUUCAGCUCCAUUCCCCACUUCUCCAUCCUGGGCCCCUCGCCGCCUGGCCGGUCAGCUCGGUCAUCGACGCUCAUCAUCUCCGGCCAAGGCCCAGCCAGCCGGCUGAAGUACAGCGCCAUUCACUCGCUGCUGGCCCCCCGGCGCACGUCGGCCUCCUUCCACUCCAUCUCGCCGGACAUGAUCCAGAAUUUCCUCAAGGGCGCCGGGCUGGAGGAUCUGCCCGCCCGGCCGCGCGCCGAGGCCCCCAUGGUCUCCUCGCUGCUGGAUGUGCUGGGCCUCAACUCCGGGUACUUCAUCCGGGCCCUGUACACGCAGCCGGAGCUCGGUGGUGAUCUGGUGGCUCUGCACAUUGGUGUGCUUCAGGUGCCGGGGGCCUUCUCGCCGGUGCUCCCGGCCGGCACCGGCACCGGCACCGGCCCCGACCAGACGGCCCCCUCCCCGGAGCAGGUUGUCACCUACGGCGGCACCAUUCUGACCGAGCGUUUCUUGGACCCGGUUUUCCAGCGGUCCUUCCUGCUGGAGUUCCUGGGCUUCAAUGAGGCCCAAAUCCAGGGCCUGGUACGCCUCGUUCGGAUCCUCCGGUCACUGGAGUUGACUUGCUUCACGAUCGACCAAGACGACAGCUGUUCCAUUCGUCUGUCGCCGGUCCCGGCGCCGUACGACAGCAGCGCCCAGGACCCCUCGGUGGGGCUGGCCACCCUCAGCAGCGACAUUGUGGCCUUCCUGCUUGGGACCUCGGCCGGCGAGGACACGGCCCCCUCGUCGCCCGACUCCCUGGGGUCUUCGCCCAAGGGCGGGAAUGACCUGCGCACGCAGCUGACCGGGCAGCUUCUCCAGGCGGAAUCUCGCCGGACCCUGUUGCUGUCCUUCCUGUCGGCCUGCAUCCGAUCGCUGGUCCUCUCCCGCGCCAAUGGGCUGUGGGCCAGUGGGAUCUUGGACCCGAGCAAUGGGGCCCUGUUGGCGCCGGCCACCGGGGGGAGCCCCGGCUCCCCGGGCAAUGGCGCUGCCUACACCACUUCCCUGCUGGUGAGCCUCAGCGGGGAGCAUGGGCUGGCGUGGCAGCCGCGCGUGGCCCACUGUGUGGCCAGUAACUUCUCCCUGAGGGCGCUGUUCCAUCCGUAUCCGCUGUCGGCGGCCGAUCCAAAUGGCGGGCACCCGGCCGUGUCGACCCUGGCCCCGGAAUUCACGUCCCCCUAUGGGAGCCUGAGCCCGCGCACGGUGCAGCUGUUCGGCAUCCUCGGCCUGUCGGCCACCAUCGUGGUGGAGGGGCUGCUUUCGCCGCCGGCCGAGGUGCUUGACCAUCUGGACCAGACAACCACCAUGGCCAGUGUGUUGCAUGUGGUAGAUGCCAACCCCGGCCGGGAGGCGCGGCGCCUGGAUGCGGACUUUGUGUGUCAGCAGGUGGGGCCGCUUUUCGGGGUCGGUCUGCUUGCGGCCUUGCAGGCGCAGAAUGACCAGCGCCAGGCCCUCGGAGAGGCCCUGCGCAAUGAGGUGGAUCAGGCCCUGCUGCUGCGGGCGGCGCGUGAUCGGGCCGCCGGCCGAGGCCAGUCCCUCGGCCAUUACCAGCAGGUGCAGCAGUACCACCACCAGGCUCAGCAGCAGCAAUCUGCGGCAGCGGGACACCUCCAGCAGACCUCGGGCCCGACCGGCGCCGGUCGCCGGCCGAAUCUCUCGGUGCAGACAACCGGCCCGGCAGUCGGGCCCGCGGGCAUGCGGCGCCCGGGCACUGGCGGUGCUUUGACCCCACUCAGUCCCUCGGUGGUUACCCCGUCAGAUAUGUUCUUCCUUUCCUCGCAAUAUGCCUCCUGGCUGGACUCAUUGCCGGUGUUGGACACGCGCCAGUGGCUGGGCGGUGGUCAGGGUACCGGAGUGUCGACGUCGAAGAACUUCUUCCUUACACAUGCCGAGCAUGCGGUCAAUGCAUACUCCGGCUUCUACUCGGAUCCCAACCACACCGAGUACAUCACGGCCCCGGGGCAAGCCCAUGGGCCCAUGAGUUUGAGCAUUAGCACCAAGCGCUCGACCAGCUCUUCAGAUGCAUACAUGAUCAGUACCGAGGUGAUUCUGCGCAUGGGCACGCGGCCCGUGUCGCACCAUGAGGCCACCUUCAACUUGCGCCCGGGCAUGCUGUCGCGCAUUUGCGCCGGCGGCUUCUCCGCAUCGCGCAUCCCCGUUGACAAGGUCCUUUACGAGCUGGUCAAGGAGGUCCCCGACCUGCAGCGGGUCACGCCGGAUGCCUUCAUCCGAUGCAAGCGGCCGGAGGUGGUGGGCAAGCUGCUGCUGGAGUCCGAUCGUCGCCAGUUGAACACCACUUUCAAGUUUGGCGUGCUGCACGCGCGCCGCGGGGCUCCGCUGAAUGAGGUGACCCUCUUCAACCACCUCCCGCUGACCGGCUCGCAGGCGGCCACCGAGCAGCGCAUGAUGUCCGAGACGAAUGCCACCAAGUCGCGGCCGACCCUCUUCGACCCGGCUCGGCUGAAUGGCAUGCAGAAUUCCAAGACCGUGCCCUUCCUGCCGGUUCUGUUUGACAUGUUCCUGGCGCGCAUCGGGCGCCUGGUGGAGCUGAAGGACUGGGGGAAAUUCCGCGGCGGCCUGGACAACAAGACCGACACCACCGGCACGCACUCGGUCUUCACGCAGUUCGACAACCUGUAUGAUGUCAUGUUCCAUGUGUGUGAGAUGCUGCCGCACAAGGAGGGCGACACGCAGCAGCUUGAGCGCAAGCGCCACAUCGGCAAUGACAUUGUGGUGGUGGUCUUCUGUGAUACCAUCGGCGAGCUGAUGGGCCUGGGAUAUGGCGAGGCCGAGCGCGAGCAGCGGCCCAAUGCGACCCCCACCACGGCCCGCAAGUCCGGGGCCUCCUCCAUCGAUAACAUUUGCUUGAGCCACCAGAUCCAUGUGGCGGUUGCCGUGACCCCGGUAUCGGAGUCCCUCUACCUGGUGCGCAUCAUCCGGAAGGACGGUGUGUCGCGCUUCUUGCCGGAGGCGCAGAAGUCCAACUUCGUGUCGUCCGGUCUGCUGGAGGAGCUCUCCAACAAGCACCCGAGCGCGGCCCUCUUCACGCCCUCCGGCGGGGAGACCCCCUUCGAGCCGGACCGCGACAACGACUGGAUCCUGAUGCGGUCGUCGGAUGGGAACUUCGAGCAGGCCUUCAUUUGGCUAUUGAUUCAGGCCGAGCGGGCCGCCUUCCGGGCCGCCUCCUUCGAUGCGAAGCUUUCCCGCACGCGGAAUGCCAUGCUGUCGAAUGUCAUCGACUCGGCGCGGGCCGAGAUGGGUCUCUAGGGGUUUUGGGUGUGGGGCGCAUGUGCCCGGCUCUGCGCGCCUUCUCCCCCUCUCUACCACCUCCAGCCGAUUGUCCCCUCGCCUGGUUUCUGGCUGAUUCCCUCCCUCCCUCCCUCCCUUUCUCUCUCUCUCUCUCUC